GGCACUUCUUCGGCUGAGCUCACUGCUGUCCUCUCUUCCUUCGCUGCCGCUGGCCUCUUUUCAGUCGUCUUCCCACCAGCUCAGUCCCUCUGUCUCUCUCUCUCACUCUCUCGUUCUUUUCAUCCGCAAUUCACCCCGUGGAUUUCUUCGCCGUCUCAGUGGCAGCCCAAGCGCUGUCGUGACUCGCCGGCUGCCACUGCAAGGGAAGGAGAGAACCGUUGGUAGAAGAACAGAGAGCGAGACAGACCAAUCAAUGAUUUCUGAGACACCGAAGAGAGGCAGCGGCAGCGCUUUUCCUACCCCGUUCAGGUUUAAAGGGAGAUUUUCUUCAAACUGGUCUUCUGAAGCAUUUCAUUCCUGUCUUUCCUUUGCAAAGUGAGGACAACUAAUUGAAGGGACAGCUGGUGACACAUUGAGGACUGUUCUCACCCUCCCCUCUCGCCUAAAAACAGCCAACCACUUGGGACCCGACAGGAGCGUUUCGAUAAAAACUUCAAUGUUUACCAAAUAAUUGAUCUCCUUCGCAAAUGAUAAUGCUGGACACCAAUCACUGCGUGUCCUUUGAACCCUCCCCUCCGGGGUCUCCUCCAAUAGGGGAGGACAUGGAGAAGGAGGGCCUGAAGAUGGAUCUUGACAGACAUGUCUAUCACAGUCUGAAAGAAGUCCUCCAGCUCAAACUCCAGCAGAGACGCACACGAGAGGAACUGGUUAGCCAAGGGAUCAUGCCACCACUGAAGAGCCCAGCAGCUUUUCACGAACAGCGGAGGAGUCUGGAGCGAGCAAGGACCGAGGACUAUCUGAAGAGGAAGAUUCGGAGUCGUCCUGAACGCUCUGAGCUGGUCAGGAUGCACAUUCUGGAAGAGACGUCAGCAGAACCGUCCCUACAAGCCAAGCAGCUGCAGCUGAAGCGAGCUCGACUGGCCGACGACCUCAACGACAAGAUCUCCCAUCGACCGGGUCCCAUCGAACUGGUUCACAAGAACAUCCUGUCUGUGGCCUGUGGCCCUGUGCAGCAGUCACUGCUGGAUUCUCCAAAGGGAGCAGGGGGAGAGAGCUCCUCACUGGAUGAAGACAGCAGCGAUGCACUGUCUCCAGACCAGCUCACAAAUCACGACUCCCCCCUGAGCGCCGUCCCUCAGCUGUCGCCCUCAGACACACUCACCCAGAACGGAGACAUGUCACCCACACAGUUCCUGACACAGCCGCCUCCUCCUCCUCCUCCCCCACCACCACCUCCCCAGGUCAACGGGUCUGAUACUUCCCCACUUCCAAAAGGUACAAACGGAACAACGAUCACCUCGCCAACCUCCCGGCCCUCUGUGGGACAUGUCAAGCAGUCUCAGGCUAAGACGGGUUCAGAACGUCCUCCGCAGAGACUCAAGAAGGCCAAAGACAGCAAACCCAAGGUGAAGAAGCUGAAGUACCACCAGUACAUCCCGCCAGACCAGAAGGCAGACAAGGAGCGUCCACCGCAGAUGGACUCGUCCUACGCGAAGCUUCUCCAUCAGCAGCAGCUCUUCCUGCAGCUGCAGAUCCUCAGCCAGCAGCAGCAGCAUUACAACUACCACACCAUCCUGCCCGCCCCUCCCAAGCCUCCAAAUGAGCAGCCCCCCACCACCAACUCCGGGCCCUCCCCCUCUCGCAGCCUUCCUACGACCGCCACCCCCCCCUCCACUGGGCAGACCGGAACCCUCCGUCAGAGUCAGACUGCAGUGGCAGGAGCCAAGCCGAGCACCCUGCCCUCCAACCUGGACGAGUUCAAAGUUGCCGAGUUGAAACAGGAACUGAAAUUGCGUGGUUUGACCGUCUCAGGCACCAAAAACGAUCUCAUUGAGCGGCUCCGAAACUACCAAGAGCAAAAUGGGGCCAUGACGGCAGCCCUGAAAAAUGGCACCUCACACGUGAGCCAGCAGAGCGCAGCCCCCGCCCUGAACACCUCCACAUCCGCUACUACUGCAACCACCCCAGACCACCAGUCAACAGAGCCCAGCUUUAAGGUCUCUUUGUCCUCAUUGGCUCAAGUGGUGCCAGGGCGGGUGAUGCGUUUUGGCAGCACCAGCUCCAGCCCCCCAGUGUCGCCUACGCCAUCUGAACGCUCACUGGCCGGGAUGAGUCCAGAUGAGACCAGCAGUAACGGAGACAUGUUUGGAGAGAUGGUGAGCUCUCCGCUAACUCAGCUCACCCUCCACCCAUCUCCUCAGCACCCCUCCGCUCUAUCUCCACUCUCCAAGGUUAAAGAGGAAACCCAGAACUCAUGCAGCUUCUCAAAGCUUUCAUCCACCUUAAGCCAGACCCAGGAAUCUCAGUCUGGAGUUGCCAUGGACACAUCCUCCAUGGACAAAGACCAGAUGCUCCAGGAGAAGGAUAAACAGAUUGAGGAGUUGACUAGGAUGCUGAGGCAGAAGCAGAGGCUGGUGGAGACGCUCAGGUCCCAGCUGGAGCAGGGGAAGAUGGUGGGUGGAGUCGCAGUCAAGAAGGAAGGCAGCGAGAAGAGCAAAACGAUACCAUCACAGGUGAAAAUUCAAACUCUGAUAAAGGCCUCGGCCAUUCAGCCCCCCACACUCCCCAACGGCAUGGUGGUGAAGGUGAAGAAGGAGAUGGAGCCUGAGGAAGGGAUGGAGGGAGUCACAGAAUCCCAGGCUAAGAAAGUGGCCCAGCCCAUGCAGUGCUCUCAAGAGACUCUGCUCAGGCUGCAGCAGAUUCACAGACUGCAAGUCCAGCAAGCCGAGCAGCACAAGCAGCAGCUGCAGCCCAAACAGCAGCCCGCUCAGGUGCAAAAAGCAGGCGAGACUAAGUCCAACCCCCAGAAACAACAACAGCAAAAGAAAGAAAACCAAAUCCUGCUCCAUCAGCAGCAGCUGCAGCAGCUCAUCAUCCAGCAAACUCAACAGAAACAGCUCCAGACCCAGCAGAAGUUAGCUCAGCAGAAACUCAGCCAGCAGAAGCCUGUGCAGCAGAACCAGCUGAAACAAGCCACCCAAGGACAAGUCCAAGCCCAGCAGAAGAACCAGGUUCAGCUGAAGCAGGUUCAGGUACAGAUCCAGAACCAGACAGCGGCCAGUCAGAAGCCUGCGGGGAACCAGACUCAGCAAAAGAAACAACAGAAGGCUCAGCAGAGGCAGCAGCAGAAACAACAGACAGCAGCUGUUUCCACACAGCAGGUGACCCCGGUCUUCAUAAACCAGCAGAAUGGGACCCAGAUCCACACUCAGGCCAUUUCAUUAGACCUCUUAAAGGCCAACGGUGCCCCGACACUGGUCACCGACAGCAACGGCAACCACUACCUAAUCGCUCUGACCAGUCACACCACAGACGGACAGAACCGAGUGUCCUCAUUGGCCAAAACCAAUGGACGUAUUACGCUGCAGAGAUUGCAGUCAACUCCAAGUAAACUCCCCAGCAGUGACAGCCAGUCAAAAGAGCAGCCAGAGGCGGAGCCUGCCAGUCAGCCAAUCAAAAAGGGACAGAAGGCGGGGCUACACCUGGACACCAAUGGCGUCCCACAGCCCAGCCUGUCCGUCACAGCUCCACCCAACCUGCAGCCUUUCUUUGAUGACAUGUCUGACAGCGAAAGCCAAAGCAGCAUAAUCUCAUCUCUCAAGAGAGAGGUGUGUCCUCCGUACGACCGGCACACCCUGUUCACCCCUCCCUCUCCCAAACCCAACACCUCCCUCUCUACUCAAUGCUCCAAACAGGAGAACGGCGUGAACAGUCAGCAGAUGGACGACCUGUUCGACAUCCUGCUGAAGAGUGGAGAAAUCCCCGGCUUCAAAUCCAACCCGGACCCCUCCCUCGCCCCUCUCCACUCGGACCCGCCCUCCCCUUCGUCUCCCCUUUCCCCACUCCACCUUUCCCCUCCCACCCCCACAGAGCCCGCCCCCCUCAUCUGCCCCCAGCCCUCCAUGCGAGAGCCCUGCACAGGCAGCGGUCGCCUGGAGGACUUCCUGGAGAGCACCACGGGCGCCCCUCUGAUCGGCGUGGAGCCGGACGGCGGUCUGACGCUCAUCGACGACCUCCACAGCCAAAUGCUGAGCACGCCCAGCAUCCUGGACCAUCCCCCCUCGCCAAUGGACACGUCCGACCUGGGUUUCUCACCACAUUCUACGGGGUUGGACUUUGGCGACCCCACCCUGGACAGCAUGGACUGGCUGGACAUCUCCAUGGUGGGGGGUGGCGCCGGGGAGGGCAGUGGCGGCACCGGCGGGGGUAGAGAAGGAGGAUCGGGGGUGGGACAAGGAGACGGAGGGACGAGUCUGGCCCCGUUGGCGCCACAAACCCCUCCCAGCGUCUUCUCGGCUGAUUUUCUAGACAGCACGGACCUGCAGCUGCACUGGGAGUCCUGUUUGUAGCCCCGCCCACAGACGCGCACAGACGGACACGCUGGCUCACGCUGCGUACAGGCGCCGUCUUUUACUUCGUGCACAUACAGAUAUGGAUACUGUACCACUGCGGGGGUCUCUGGCAUAUGCAAACACAUAUUAACGCACAGUUUGCCCUGUCUUUCACUGGCUGUUACCGAAUGCAGGAUGAGGUGAUGACGUUCACAGAGCGGACUUGAAUUUGGUGACGUUUACUGUAAGUUUUCUUUGAUUUUUUAUCCUCUGGGAGUUCAUCCAGAAAAGCCAAAGCUGAUCCGAUCCCACCUCUGUGUCACGAACCAGCAGGCAGCUGUAGGUCACUGAAGGAGCGUCGUCCGAGCCUAACGAGGGACUGUCGGUGGCGUUCGCUCGAGUGCGUGUGUUCAGUGCCUCUGAAAUUUUUUGCACUUAUGCUGAAAUCUGAUUGGUUGAAAUGGGGGAGUUCGCCACGAGCCGCCUCGUGUUUAAUCGAUCGGCUGAGCCCUUUGAUGGUGUGUGAAAGGCAGCUGCCGUGGCCUCACCGUGGCAACGUGACCCCACCCACACUAGUCAAAAGCAAAAAA